GGGCGGCUCCGGCUCCCGCUGCGGGACAGACCCGCCCGCCCGGGCUUUUCUCCGGCCCCCCGGCAGCGCCGUCCCUCCCUCCCCGGUCUAUGGUGGCGGCGGCGGCGGAAGACGAGGCUGCGGCGUUGCCAUGAACAGUGGCGGCGGCCUCCCGCCCCCCUCGGCCGCCGCCUCCUCCGCGUCCUCCUCGCUGGCGGCGGCCGCGGCGGUGGUGGCGGUGGCCCCGCCGGGGGUCGGGGGCGUCCCCGGCGGGCCGGCAGCGGCGGGGGUGAAGCUGAAGUACUGCCGCUACUACGCCAAGGAUAAGACGUGCUUCUACGGGGAGGAGUGUCAGUUCCUGCAUGAGGACCCGGCCGCCGGGGCCGCGCCGGGCCUCGGCCUCCAUAGCAACAGCGUCCCCCUGGCUCUGGCGGGCGCGCCCGGGGCCGGCUUCCCGCCCGGAGCGGUCCCGGCCGGGGGAGCCGGGCCGCCCGCGGGGCCCAAGAAGCCGGACCUGGGGGGCCCCGGAGCCGGCGGAGGCGGCAGCAGCGGGGUCCUCGACGGGCCGCGGCUGGCAAUUCCUGGAAUUGAUGGAGGUGCUUUGACUGAUACGAGUCUCACAGAUUCCUAUUUCAGCACCAGCUUUAUUGGAGUCAAUGGAUUUGGAAGCCCUGUGGAGACGAAGUAUCCUGUGAUGCAGAGAAUGACUAAUAGUAGCAGCUCCCCAAGCCUUCUAAAUGACAGUGCCAAGCCAUACGCAGGCCAUGAUCCUCUAACUUCACCUGCUUCAUCCUUGUUUAAUGACUUUGGUGCCCUCAACAUCUCUCAGAGAAGAAAGCCAAGGAAGUAUCGCCUGGGGAUGCUGGAGGAGAGGCUAGUUCCGAUGGGAUCAAAGGCACGAAAAGCAAAGAACCCUAUUGGCUGCCUUGCUGACAGGUGUAAAUCAGGAGUACCCAUCAAUAUGGUUUGGUGGAACAGAGUCACAGAAAACAAUUUACAGACACCAAAUCCUACUGCAAGUGAGUUUAUUCCCAAAGGAGGAUCAACCUCCAGGCUGAGUAACACGUCCCAGUCACAUGCGUCUGCCUUCUCUCAAGUGUUCUCUCACCCAUCCCUGGGGACUCCUGCUGCUGCUGGAUUAGCACCAGGAAUGUCGCUGUCUGCGGGAUCCUCCCCUCUUCACUCCCCCAAGAUCACUCCACAUACUUCUCCCGCCCCCAGAAGAAGAAGCCACACUCCAAGUCCAGCAAAUUACAUGGUGCCUUCUAGUGCCUCUACGCCCGGGAAUAAUCCUGUUUCUCAGACACCGUCUUCUGGUCAAGUAAUCCAAAAGGAAACCGUCGGUGGAACAACGUACUUCUAUACAGACACGACUCCAGCACCUUUGAGUGGAAUGGUAUUUCCCAAUUACCACAUCUAUCCUCCAACUGCACCUCACGUUGCUUAUAUGCAGCCAAAAGCGAACGCACCUUCCUUCUUCAUGGCUGAUGAACUGCGACAGGAGCUGAUAAACAGACAUUUAAUAACAAUGGCUCAAAUUGAUCAAGCGGAUAUGCCAGCAGUCCCUUCAGAAGUUGACAGCUACCAUAGCCUGUUCCCUCUAGAACCACUGCCACCACCCAACCGGAUACAGAAAUCAAGUAAUUUUGGAUAUAUUACAUCCUGCUACAAAGCUGUAAAUAGCAAAGACGAUCUGCCUUAUUGCCUUCGGAGGAUACAUGGUUUUCGUCUUGUUAACACAAAGUGCAUGGUAUUGGUCGACAUGUGGAAAAAAAUUCAGCACUCAAAUAUUGUAACCUUGCGUGAAGUAUUUACCACUAAAGCUUUCUCAGAGCCUUCUCUUGUGUUUGCAUAUGAUUUCCAUGCUGGAGGAGAGACCAUGAUGAGCAGACACUUCAAUGACCCCAACACAGAUGCCUAUUUCACAAAGAGAAAGUGGGGUCAACAUGAUGGACCGUUGCCCAGACAGCAUGCUGGAUUGUUGCCAGAAUCUCUUAUUUGGGCAUAUAUUGUCCAGCUGAGUUCUGCACUGCGUACCAUUCAUACCGCAGGUUUGGCAUGUCGCGUUAUGGACCCAACAAAGAUUCUGAUAACUGGCAAAACAAGGUUGCGAGUAAAUUGUGUUGGAGUUUUUGAUGUUUUAACAUUUGAUAACAGUCAGAAUAAUAAUCCAUUGGCAUUAAUGGCUCAAUACCAGCAAGCAGAUCUGAUAUCAUUAGGAAAAGUUGUGUUGGCUUUGGCUUGCAACUCUUUGGCAGGAAUUCAGCGAGAGAAUUUACAGAAAGCCAUGGAACUGGUGACAAUCAACUACUCCUCUGACCUGAAGAAUCUGAUUUUAUAUUUGUUGACUGACCAAAACAGGAUGCGAAGUGUAAAUGACAUCAUGCCCAUGAUUGGUGCUCGAUUUUAUACUCAAUUGGAUGCUGCUCAAAUGAGAAAUGAUGUCAUAGAGGAAGACCUUGCAAAGGAGGUUCAAAAUGGAAGACUGUUUAGGCUUCUAGCAAAAUUGGGAACAAUCAAUGAGAGGCCGGAGUUUCAGAAGGAUCCUACCUGGUCGGAGACGGGAGACCGGUACCUGUUGAAACUCUUUAGGGAUCAUCUUUUUCAUCAGGUGACAGAAGCGGGUGCUCCUUGGAUUGACCUCAGUCAUAUCAUUUCUUGUCUUAACAAGUUAGAUGCUGGUGUGCCAGAAAAAAUAAGCCUCAUUUCCAGAGAUGAGAAGAGUGUACUUGUGGUGACUUACAGUGACUUAAAGCGAUGCUUUGAAAAUACUUUUCAAGAACUGAUUGCAGCUGCGAAUGGUCAGUUGUAGUAUUUGCUUAAAAAAAAAAAUAGGCGGGAUAUGGCCAAGGAGCUCAACCAAUAGCAAAUUGCACUACAGCUGAACUGGCGUCAUCUCAUCUCACGCCGGGAAGCACGCAGAGGAUGAGCAGAGCUGCUUGCACUUGGGUCAGGUGCACUGUUACUUGAAAGAAAGAAUGUCUCCCUCAGCCCCGAGCUGUGGCUGCCGGCGGGGCCACACCUGUGAAGAAUUUAUUUUAGAUCAAGGAGCACCAUUAGGUGAAUGAUGUUCCAGCUUUUGUUUUUUUUUUCCCACUUGUAUAUGCACUAAUUUUAAUUUUUUAAAGACUUUUUUCUGAUCUUUGAACUUUUGCCAUGUUGUAUACUUAUUAAGGGAAACUAUUUGCAAGGACACUUUUGGGAAACCAUGCUGGGCAGCAUUUUUGUUCACUGAGGGGUGCAGAAUUUGCUCUUUUGGGGAGGGGUUGCCCUGAAUAACAUAACAGACCAGGUCAGUGAUUUCAUGGAAGUACAGUAUAGUGCAUAGUUCUUGUAAAGAGUAUUGUAUGCAAGCUCUGUAUGCCACCCACUGUUUGUUCAGAUUGAGAGGUUUUUUUGUUUGUUUGUUUUGUUUUUAUGAACACAGAAAAGUAUCAGUGAAUUAUUGGGCGUGAAUUCCCCUCUCAGCUGAUUUAAAUCCUUUCUGAAUGAGGAUAGACAGUCACUGAAGGAGCAUACAGAACUCUUCGCUCCAGAUUCAACCAGAGCCUUUUUUUUUUUAUUAAAAAAAAGGUGUUCCCCUGCUAAUCAGAUAACAUUUAUGCCGUUUUUUUUUUUUUUAAAUAGAAAAAAACAUUAAGAAAUUGUGUUAAAGGCCUGAAGGUCAGGAGUCUUUUGCUUUAGGUUCUUUCCAGUUUGCUUUUUUUGUAUAAAGUUCUGUUCUUUGAACCACAGCUUUACUAUGGUACUUUACACUGGACACAGAUGCAGAGACACUGUUCAGAAGACAAACUGCACACAGCAGUGGUCUGGCGUCGAGAGCUUUCUGAAGUCUUACAGCCUGGAUCUGGAAGGAUCACAGUCUGCUGUGCCUUUGCAGUCACUGCUUAGCCCAAAGUCAUAGUGCUUUUGAUAAUAAUAACUCUGUGGGGGUAUUCCUGAGUCAGUCAGUCUCAAAAGUUUGGAAUUUUCCUCCUCUUAACUUUCUUAACAUUUGGACGUGCAGUUGUCGCCAAACUUGGGUAUUCAUGGAAUUUCUAGUCAAUGAAAUACCUGUCCUUAGAUACUGAAGACUGCCAAAUACAUAGGAAUUUUCUUUCAUAAAAACCAGUAAUGAAGACUUUUAUCUCCUUUCCCAGCACUGAAUGUUUUCCUAGCACUGGGUGCUCACCACACAACGAUGAAGAAAUGUGGAAACUCAGAAGGUCGGGAGGGACUUCCAGGCACUUGCAACUGAUGUGACAGUCUUCAAUUUUAAUAACUAUUCAUAUUUGUAGUUUUCAGAGAAGUUUUUAAUAUUUCUCUGUCCACUUUUUAUAAGCUUUAAAAUGAUUUUCUCUGCCUUGAGAUUUGCAUCAAGAAAAAGCACCUCUUCACCCAAAAGCUUUGAAGACUAGAGACAUGCUUUACAUGUUUUAACAAGUGUGUUUGAGUCCACGUUUGGUAGCAUCAGUUGUUGAGUUAAAAAGGAAAUCAAUUAUUGCAUUUGAUCAGGAUGGAUUUUAAAAAGAACAUAAUGUUCACUAUUCAAAGGAUAAUUAACAUUUGCCACCGUAAUGUUCUUUUUUUAUGUAAAAGGAACAAGAACUUGGAGACAUUAACAUGCGAAGGUCUUUUAUCAUUAUUAGCUCAUGUAUUUGAGGAAGAGCAGCUGUCUUUUUAUAUGUUUUUUGACAAAUCAUAUUGUAAUUCUUUUGUACAAAAAAGAACUACUUGUAUUCUAGAAGAAAUAUGAAAUGCUUAAUUUAUAAGCGGGCUGGAGAUUUUUUCCAAUAUUGUUUUCUUUGAAAAUGAAAGGGGAUCAUCUAUUUUAGUUUCGGGGUCUGGGAACUUUUUGAAAAUUUAAUUUGUGGACCAAUGUUAUGUGAAAGUUAAGGAAGGGCAGGGGUAAAAUAGGGCUUGAUUUUCUCAUUCUGUACAGACCAGCAAACUUCCCUCUGCAAGGCAGGCUCAAAUCACAAACCCAAGAGUGCGUCAUAAAACGCUAGUUUGCUUCAGCCCCUAGUAACCUCAGGACUUGGUUUGAAUAUAAAAGGUAGACAACUGAUAUGUUUUCAUGAGUAAAUAUUGUCAGCCAGAAAACAGUUGGUGUCAGGUAAAUGUAUUUUUUUUAAGCUUUGUUUUAUAUUUAUUUUUCAUUUAGUUUUUAUUGGGAAUGGUUUUCAAUAGCACUCUUAUUAGUUCUGCUUAGGUGUUUUUUGGGGGAGCCCUCUUUUCCAUAGUGUAAUUCCACUUAAGAGGUUGUCUUAAAGUUAGUCUUUUUAAUUCAUAGGAAGGUUUUAAUAUCUGAGAGUACUCAAAUUAAGGAUGUGAGCUUCCCACGCCUCCCUGUCAGGACAGACAUAGAAGCACAGCAAGGACAGCCCCGAAUCAUGUGACGUCGCCGUUCAGCCUCUGUACCUGCUUUCCGUUCUGUCCGUGCAUUUACUCAUUGUAAAUAUGUUUGAGGGCACCUUUGUGUUUUUGCCUUUGACCUCGGUUCUGUGAUUUGGAUGUCAACAGCUUCCCUGAAAAGCACCAGUGUGUUAAGUUCUAAUGUCAUGACCCCUAUCUGGGUUAUUUCAUCUUUAAUCCUGUUUUCAGUCUCUAUGUGUACAGCAGUAUUUUUAAUAAAGAAUUACAGAGAGAA